AGUUGUUUAAAUGGGAUUUCACCAACCACUUUAAUUUCCCGUGCUCCCCACUACGUACGUACGGCCCCUAUAUAUGUCGCCACUGGGACCAUCAAACGAGCAAACCGUACAGGCAGCACAAGCAUUGCGGCAGCUACCUAGCUAGCAAACUCCUCGUCGCCGAUCCGACUUCAGUGCACGGAGCUCGACUGACCUCGCUAGCUAGCAAUGGAGGUGAAGGUGCUGAGCUCCAGGCUCGUCAAGCCCGCCUACAAGGCCGGCGCUCCAGCCACGGAGUACAUCCCCCUGUCCGUCUUCGACACGGUCACGUACCAGAUCCAGAUGGCCAUCAUCUACGCCUUCGCGCCGCCCGCGCCGUCCACCGCCGCCAUCGAGAAGGGCCUCGCGGCCGUCCUCGCGCAGUACCGCGCGUUCGCCGGGCAGGUCGGCGAGUCCCCCGACGGCGCGCCGGCCGUGGUCCUGAACGACCGCGGCGCGCGCCUCGUGGAGGCGUCCGUGGACGCCGACCUCGUCGACAUGGCGCCGGCCAAGCCCACGCCGGCGCUGCUCAAGCUGCACCCGGACCUGGACGCGGAGCACCAGGAGGUGGUGGUGCUGCAGCUCACGCGGUUCCGCUGCGGCUCCCUCGCCGUCGGGUUCACGUCCAAGCACGUCGUCGCCGACGGCCACGCCACCAGCAACUUCCUCGUCGCGUGGGGCCGCGCCACCAGGGGGCUGCCCAUGGGCCUCCCGCCAGUGCACCACCAGAAGGACCUCUUCAAGCCGCGGUCCUCGCCAGCUCGCCCGGAGCACGACCACCGCAGCAGGGAGUACCACCGGCCGUCGUCCGCCGCCGCCGCCGGCGGCCAUCAUCACGGAGACGACGGCGCCGAAAGCAACAUCGUCAUCCACAAGGCGCACUUCACCAAGGACUUCAUCGCGGGGCUCCGCGCCAGGGCCUCGGAGGGGCGCCGGCGGCCGUUCAGCCGGUUCGAGACCAUCCUCGCGCACCUCUGGCGCACCAUGACGCGCGCGCGCGACCUGAGCCCCGGCGAGGCCACGUCGAUCCGGAUAUCCGUGGACGGGCGGCACCGGGUGGGCAGGCCGGCGGAGUACUUCGGCAACCUGGUGCUGUGGGCGUUCCCGCGGGCCACGGCGGGCGACCUGCUGAGCCGGCCGCUGAAGCACGCGGCGCAGGCGAUCCACGACGAGGUGGCGAGGGUGGACGGCGGCUACUUCCAGUCCUUCGUCGACUUCGCGUCCUCCGGCGCCGCCGAGAAGGAGGGGCUGGCCCCGAGCGCCGUGCUCAAGGACGUGGUGUGCCCGGACGUGGAGGUGGACAGCUGGCUGACGUUCCCGUUCUACGAGCUGGACUUCGGGACGGGGAGCCCCAGCUACUUCAUGCCGUCCUACUUCCCCACGGAGGGGAUGCUGUUCCUGGCGCCGUCCUACCUCGGCGACGGCAGCGUCGACGCCUUCGUCCCCGUGUUCCGGCACAACCUGCAGGCCUUCAAGGAAUGCUGCUACUCCAUGGAGUAGAGUCAUGCAUUAAUGGUGCAAUGAACAAGAAAGAAUGUUACCGUACGUGCGAGAGAGAUGGAACAGAACAGCAUGCCAAAGCGGCGCGGUUGUUGGGUCGGGUUGGUGAGGGGUGGUCGAAAUUUUUUUAGUUGUGAGUGACGACGCACUUUAUGGUGGCGUCCUCCGAUUGGUCGAUCGAUUGGUUAUUUGUGCCCUGCUCGAAGUUAAUAAUGUUGAUGGAUUUUCUUAA